AUGGCACGUAAGGAGGCUAUCCUCGCCGCUGGUACUCUACGGACUUUCCAGGUCCUCAUGCUAUCUGGAAUUGGUCCCGCCACUACACUCUCCGAGCAUGGGAUUUCAACUAUCAUCGAUGUGCCACACGUUGGCAAAAGCCUGACAGAUCAUUUCGCGCUCUUCCAGCUAUACAGGUUACGAAACCCAGAGCGGGAUCUCGUGUUGGGGAGUCCGCUCCUCUCUGAGCCGGCAUUUAUGAAGGGCAUGCCCACAGAUUGGGUGAUUAACCAGGACGUACUGGUCCAUAUUCUCGAGCCAACACCCGGCCGACCACUUGUUGAAACGAUGAUGGUUUACGCACCAGCGGGUGUUCCUAGCGUUCCUAUAGACGGCAGCCACAUUGUGACCUCCGUGAUGCUACUUGCUUCAAGCUCUCGAGGAAGCGUUAGUAUCAGGUCGUCAUCGCCUAUGAACCCUCCAUUGGUUAAUCUAAUUACCUUGACACCGAAGCGGAUCGUGUCACCCUCAUAUCGGGCUCGUCGCAUGAUGCAGGCUUUGUUGAAUAUGCCUGCAUUGAGCAAUUAUAUGGAGGCCGAGGUGCCUCCUCUCGGAAUGCAUAAGUUGACACCCGAAUCACCAGAUAGUUUGUUUGAAGCACGAAUCCGUGCGACUGGUUUAGCACAUGCUCAUCCGGCGGGUACUGCUACGAUGGGCAAGGUAGUUGAUCCGGACCUCCGUGUCUAUGGAGUUGAUAAUCUUCGAGUUGUUGACGCUAGUGUGUGCUUCCAGUGA